UAAAUAUCUUUUCAUUAGUGUUUAAUCACCUGAAAACAAAGGCUCAUGGUGUUUGUAUUAGCUUCGAAUGAGCCAUUUAUGUCUACAUAGGGAGCGGGUCUUCUUUACCUCAUGUUCCUACGGUAGCCCAGAAGGGACAAACCAAACACUGGCUCUAGCGAGAGCUUGUUUGGCUUUUGCGUUACCAGAAGGCCACCGUAGUCAUCCCAACACGCUUGGACAGGCCGGGGUCAGCAGAGGGGGUAUUCAGUUGGAUGCAAUCUGCAACCUCACAGCUAGAUGGCACUAUAUUCUACACACUGCUACUUUAAACUAAUUAAAUGUAUUUUGAUGCGCUGACAUCUAUGUUAAUGCCAAGGAGAGUAAAACUAUGAAAUAUUAAUUGAGUUUGUCUGCCCUCUCUGUCAGGUGGUUGGUGUCCUUCUAUUUAUGAACAAACCACAAACUGAUAAUAUCCUACAAUAUAUACUUCAUCUUUGUUUGUUUUUGUAUGUAUCCUGUAGCGUCCGUUUCUCGGUGCCGCCACAGUCAACAGUGUGGAAUAAACGUGGCCUUUUUUUUAACAAGACAAUGCUUAGUUUACUCAACAUAAAUAGUCGGGAGGGGCAGAAGUCGGUUCGCUCGUAGUCAGGUGUCGCUCGCUCGAGACACGUAUGCAGGUGAACAAAAGCAAGGUGGGAAACAACAGCUAGUGCGCUGGAAUCUGCUCACUCUCCAUCUGCGGGGAAAUAUAAACAUUUUAUGCUGACGUUCUCGGGUUGACGGUAAGCUAAUUCCUCCCCCUCUAUCUAAUGUGUUAAAUGUGAAUGAAAUAGGAUUUGUUUCGAUCCUUCCACAUCUGAGAAAGCGGAAGUGAGAAUCCGGGUCCGCUUCAAACAUCCCUGGGCUAAACAAACAGCUUACUCCACUUUAUGGUGUUUUUCCUAAGCUCCUCUGGUAUUGUGAGCUGUUAAUAUGUAGCGACUUCACUAUGAGAUUGUAGCAAACAAUUGUUAUGAUACUUUAUGGGCUAUUUUACUCUCCUCUGUAUCCAUUAAAAGUUAUUGUUUCUAGAGGAGCGCAGUGUUUCCGCCAAACUCAGGUGUGUUUAUUUCCCUUUAUGAAAGCCUCCCGCUAUCUGACAUGUUUUCCUAAAGUUUAACUGUUUGUAUUGUUUCCUUCCCCCCCCCCUUAAAACAAGCCUACUAAAAAACAGGUUCUCACAGUGUGGAUCAUUGACCUCGACUAGAGCUUUGCAGUGUGUGCUUUGUAUUGUGUUGUCUUUGAGGGUGUGUGUUGUCCUGCUCAGUUCACAUGAAACACUGCACCUGUUCUGUAGGUAGUGCGGUCCAGUCGCAGAGCAGACUCCCCUCACCCUGUCCACGCGACCGCCUGCUCAGCCCUGACUCAGACAUGGAUGUCCAGGGCUAUAAGUGGGUGCGCUGGCGGGUGUGGCUGUGUCGUCUGGCUGCCGUGCUGUCCUUGGGUCUCCUCCUGGUCGUGUUUCACUGGCGCCCACGCCUCGCUGUCCUUGCCCGCUGCUGCUCCUGCCCUCUGGCAUUGGCAGAUAUUCUGCUGAUAAGAGACAGCUUUGACCAGCGUCAUGUGGUGGAGGUCCUCACAGUAGAGAUGGAGGACGGCAGUGUGGAGCUAUUGGGAGAGCUGGAGGACAAUGAAUGUAGAGAUAAGGUUCAGCUGCACAAGGAGGAGAAAACGCUGCUGCGCUACUACCUGUUUGAAGGACUGCGCUACAUCUGGAUGGCCCAGAAAGGAGCUUUCUGUCGUGUCAGCGUCCUCAAUGAGAACUGGACCCGCAAGGACCUGUAUGAUUUCCAAAAGGGCCUGAGUCACCUGGAGCAGAGCUCGAGGAGACGCAUGUAUGGGCCCAACCUCAUCGAUGUGCCUGUGAAGCCUUACAUACGACUGCUGUUUGAGGAGGUCCUCAACCCAUUCUACGUCUUCCAAGUGUUCAGCAUCAUCCUGUGGAUGGUCGAUCGAUACUAUUUAUACGCCAUAUGUAUAUUUGUUAUCUCCGUUUGCUCCAUCGUUUUCUCACUUUAUGAGAUCCGCAAGCAAAGCAUCACUCUCCGCAACAUGGCCCAGUUUGUCACAAAUGUCACAGUACGGAGAAACUCGGGAGUGGAGGAGUGUGUGAGCUCGGAGGAGCUGGUCCCCGGCGACUGUCUCAUCAUCCCUCAGGAAGGUCUGCUGCUGCCCUGUGAUGCUGCCCUGCUGGCCGGGGAGUGUCUGGUCAACGAGAGCAUGCUCACAGGUGAAAGUGUCCCAAUGCUGAAAACACCACUGCCGACUGGUGAGGGGAGGUACAGCUCAGAGACGGAGCGCAGACACACCCUCUUCUGUGGCACCCAGCUCAUUCAGGCCAAAGGGGGGGGCAGCGAUGCUGUUGCUGUGGUCACGAGCACCGGGUUUUUCACAGCCAAAGGUAGCCUGGUAAGCUCCAUUAUGCAUCCUCAGCCAACCGACUUCCACUUCUACCAAGACUCUUUCAAGUUCCUGUUCCUCCUGGGUUUUGUCGCUUUUUUUGGCUCCAUUUACAGUUUUGUGGUCCUCUUCAGGACUGAUGUGACUUGGUUGGAAUUGGUGAUCAGGAGCCUGGAUCUGGUGACCAUCGCAGUGCCUCCUGCCCUGCCCGCUGCCAUCACCACGGGCACCAUCUACGCCCAGGGCAGGCUGAAGAGGCAGGGAAUCUUCUGCAUCAGUCCGCCACGCAUCAACAUCUGCGGCAAGGUCUCCCUCUUCUGCUUUGACAAGACAGGGACUCUUACGGAGGACGGUCUGGAUGUGUGGGGGGUGAUGGAGGGGGGAACUGCCGGUUUCUCAGAGCUGGUUCCAGAUCCCAGGCUCCUGCCCCCAGGGCCCAUGCUGUCAGGCCUGGCCUGCUGUCACACUGUGACGCUGUUGCAAGGAAAGCCCCUCGGAGACCCCCUGGAGCUCAAGAUGGUCGAGUCCACUGGUUGGACCCUCCAGGAGCCAGAGGGAGAUGGAAAGGAGCUGGAUGCAGAGUUUGGAGGCCACAGAGUUUUGGCUGUUCUGAAACCUCCGUCUAGAGGGACUACCACAAGCGAGGCGAUGGCCAUUGUUCGGAGGUUUCCCUUCUCCUCGGCCCUGCAGAGGAUGAGCGUGGUGACGGUGGCCCGUGGGGGACACUCGCCACUCGCUUUCAUCAAAGGAUCCCCAGAGAUGGUGGCAAGCCUCUGCCGACCAGAAACCGUGCCGGCGCAGUUCUCCAGUGAACUGAGCAGCUUCUCCAGUGAAGGCCUCAGAGUCCUUGCGCUCGCCUAUAAACCAGUAGACGGGAACACUGACCUGAGGACCAUUGAACGAGGGGAAGUAGAGAAAGACAUGCGGUUCCUGGGCUUGCUGAUGAUGAAGAAUCUGGUGAAGCCAGAAAGUGCCAAAGUUAUUGACGUCCUGAGACUGGCAAACCUCCGCAGUGUCAUGGUCACUGGUGAGAGAUAUUUUUCACUUCCUCUUCUUUUUUUUCUUUUUUUUUUUUUUUUUCUUUUUUUUAUGAUAAAGCAUUCAUUUUCAGGCGUCAACUUUAAUGCCAUCAACUUCGCGUCCAAUCUUGUUUUUGUCCUUCUUCACAUAGGGGACAACAUUUUAACAGCAGUCAAUGUAGCAAAAAGCUGUGGCAUGGUGGGAGUCGAUGAGAAGGUGAUAUUCGUCAAUGCGACCCCCCACACUGCCCAGUCCAUGCCCACCCUAAACUUCAGCCUGGAAGAAGGAGGGGCCCCUGACGCCCAAACCUCUAUUGUCACUCGGAGCCUGUACCAGAGUGGUUUUGACCUCCACUUGGCUAUUAACGGAAAGUCCUUUGCUGCUCUCUGUAAUCACUUCCCGGAGUAUUUGCCAAAGGUUUUGUUGCGAGCCACCGUAUUUGCGCGCAUGGCUCCCGACCAGAAAACCCAGCUGAUGAAGGAGCUGCAGAAACUGAACUACCGGGUGGGCAUGUGUGGGGACGGGGCCAAUGACUGCGGGGCCCUGAGAGCCGCUGAUGUCGGGGUUUCCCUGUCCGAAGCCGAGGCCUCAGUCGCGUCACCUUUUACCUCCAAGACUGAAAACAUCAGCUGUGUGCCGCUGCUCAUCAGAGAGGGCCGGUGUUCUCUGGUCACCUCCUUCAGUCUCUUUAGAUACAUGGCCCUCUACAGUCUCAUCCAGUUCUGCUCCGUCCUCGUCCUCUACACCGUGAGGACGACCCUGGCUGACUGGCAGUUCCUGUUCUGUGACUUAUUCGUGGUGACUCCGCUGGCCAUCGUGAUGGGGAGAGGAGGCCCCGGUGAGGAGCUGCACCCCUACAGACCCUCAGCCAGUCUGCUGGCCCUGCCUGUCCUGGGCAGCCUCCUCGUCCACACCUGCAUGAUUGUCCUGGGCCAGCUGGCCGCGCUGUUCAUCACCACCUCACAGGACUGGUUCGUUCCGCUCAAUUCAACAUUGUUUGGCGUGGCCAAUCUGCCCAACAUGGAGAACACCAGUGUGUUUUCCUUGUCAGCUUUCCAGUACAUCAUCAUGGCUGUGGUGGUCACCAAGGGCUACCCUCACAAGAAACCUCUCUUCUUCAACUGGAUGUUCCUCUCUCUGCUGCUUGUCCUCUUUGCUGUGACGACUUGGCUGGUGUUGUAUCCCGGGCCCGUCGGUCCUCUAUUUAAACUGCACAACUUCAUUGAUAUGGAUUUUAAAAUGGUGCUCGUCGCCGUGGCUGCUCUCAACUUCCUCAUUUGUUUUGUUGUGGAGGUGCUAGUAGACAAUGGUAUCCUGAACUGUCUUCGGGCGCUGCGUGGGAAACGUCAGUCCAAGAAACAGUACAAACGUCUGAACACGCUUCUGUGUGAAUCCCCGUCAUGGCCGCCCCUUAAUCAAACCCUGUCCCCCACAGAACAGACAGUCAUCCAGUGCAGCUAGCGUCUGCUCGGCCCUCUGUUGGACAGUCAGUCAUUUAAGCCAAAAAAAAAGUGCUGUGGAUGUUUGAGCUACAUCCCCUUCGUCAACAAACAAGUUAUGUUUACCUUCAUUAAUAAAAAGUAUUUUCUGUAAACUUC